UAAUGCAGAGGAAACUGGUUUAUAAGUUUCCUCUUUGGGUUUGUAAAGCUGUUUUGGGACCUGUAGCCUGGAGAUUUCUAAGAGAUUUGGGAGGGAUGAAAUCUCCAAUCCUGGGUCCAUGUUUUGAGAGCAGCCAGCGUGCUGAUUGCACAGGUGUGUGCAGGCCUUUUUGUGGAGGCCAGGCCAUGAUUCUGGGCUCCACCCCGGCAGACGGGAGUCAGGAGGGCUCCACCCCGGCAGACGGGAGUCAGGAGGGCUCCACCCCGGGCAGACGGGAGGUCUCUGCCUUGGAGUCAGGUGGAAGCCAGACAAGCUGUGUGCUAUUG